GUUACCGAGUCUGUUUACAUUCUAACGAACAAAUGAGCAUUUGAACUGAUGAGUGACGCUUACUCGGGGAAUAAGUGCUGCAAAUAUGUCGAUUAAAACGCGCAAGAUGAAUGAUUUGGUGAAGCCCAUUGCGGUGCAGGUGAACAAAUUGAACCAAUUACUCGAGGACAGCAAGAACGACCCAGCGGACGUGGCCUCAGUGAAGUCAAUCCUCCUCUCCCAACUGGACACCCUAACCGAAAAGCUGGACCAGUUGGAGAGUUACUACUGCGACGAUGGGUCAGGUUACAAGGAGAUGAAGUCCAAAAUAACUUCAAUAAUCCAGGGAUUCUGUGCAAUGUCCACGACCCCCUGCAGGCCCCCCAGAGACCCCCAAACAGCUCUCAAGUUCCUAGACAAACUGACAAACGCCCUGAAGAACCUGGAGGACCUCGAGUACUUCGACCUGAAGCAGCAGCUGCAGGACGCCAUGAUCUACAUAAAAGAGAUGGGUGAAGUCACCGCGAUAGAGGACUUCGAGAACAUAAAGGAGCUCGGGGAGAGUCUCCUGGAUAUGCUGGGGCCCCUCCAGGACUUUGGCAAGAGUCUGCUCCACAGAUCCCAAAAGGAGAAACUUGCACUGUACGUCUGCCAGUUGUGCUCUGCCUUCUCCAUGCUGACGAGUGUAGUUCACUCCCAACACGAGAUCAACCUCCCCAUCCACAGCUCCAAGAGCUACAUCUGCGAGAGAAUCUGCUGGUGUCUCAAGAUGGUAAACGACAUUUUCGAGGGGAGGAGCCCAGAGCCUGACGAGAAAACCGAGAGAAUCGAUCAUUUCGUCUACAAAAUGGACCUGGCACUGGACCUCGUGGCUGAUCUCCCCAGUAAACCCCAGGAGGAGCAGCUCGUCGAGUGCAAUAAACUGUGGAUUGCUGUUGAGGACGUCUUCUCCCAUGCCAUGGUGAUCGCCCAGGUGUGCGACCCUGAGAACUUCAAGGCCAUCACUGGAGUCUGCCAGUCGAUAAUGUCAGAGUACGACAAUUUGAAGGAGCAAAUCUCCUCGGAGAAGCCCGACUCGAUGCUGAAUUCCCUCUUCUACAACACCUUCACUGACGCCCUGUACAGACUCGAGAGGAAGGUGAACGUCUCGGUGCUCUCUCUGGUGCUGGAGAUGUUCAGCGAGCCCUUUGGAUCGUUGAAAAAGCUCGUGAAGAUGUGUGGGAACAGCCUGGCACCUGACAAGAGGAGCCAGGAGGACUUGAACGAUCUCGUCGAGGAUUUUGAUCAGGUGACUGACAAGGUCAUGCAGAUGGGGCUGUACGCGAUUGCCUGCUGCAGCGACAUAAACAGAGUUACGAGGAUUAAGAAUCACAUGGCGAGCCUGGAGUCCCUGGAGGCAGAGCUGGUCCCCGCGAUAAUAGCCUUCUACCUUCAGCCCCACAAUGAGGAGAGACGAGUGAACGUCAAGUUGUUCACGUCCCAGUGGCAGUCAGAGAUGAAUAAACUGAGGAAUGCAAUAGACCUGAUCAUCGAUUCCUCGGCUUUCUGUCAGGUGGUCCUGGAUGACCUGCAGGAGAGAGUCCAGAGGAUAUCGGAUGACCUGGACAAUCGCCAGGGGAUCACCCAGGGGCAGGUGCAGGUCGUCGUGCAGAGGGCCUGCGCCCUGGCGACUCAGAUCACCACAGCUGUUGAGGAUGUUGGGAGGGAGAGGGUCGACAGGCAGACCAUCAUGAUGAUUCGAGAGCUGAAGGCUGCCAUCUUCGAGGCUGAUGCUGCCUCCAAGAGUUUGUUGAAGGGUAAACCGACGGAGCCACAGCAGCUGAGGGUCGUCAAGAGGUGUGAACUCGUGGUGAAUGUUGUUAGGUGUCUGCAACCUGCCCUGGUGGUCGUCAUGAGCUGCUCCCAAGGGGCGAGUGGGUUGUCUGAGAAGUCCAGGAGUCGGAGGGAGUGCAGUUUGAACGUCUCCUCCAGGGGUCAGGACUUGCCGAGGGACGAGGGGACCCUCACCUUUGUGAAAACUCCCUACACUGUGAAGACACACAAACCGAUUGUCUCCAUUCAGUCCAGGGGAAGCACCAAGAAAUCGCAGGUCGAUCUCUCGUGCUUGAUACCCUACAUCGAGAAGGGGCGGACCAUGAGGACGGAGAGGACAGUCAUCAUGUACAGGACCCCGAAGACUCAGGGACGGGGGAAGAAUGAUGAGAAUAAGAACACAGAGGAUAAUAAGAACGCCAACAUCUUGAAGAGGGAUUUGACGUGCGUCAGGCAGCACCUCUUCUCCAGGGAGAGCUUCGACAGUGGCAGGGACUUGGAUCUCACUUCUGAGAGCUGGAACUUGACUGGGAUUCUUGAUCAGUUGUCCAGGAUGUCGAGUUCUUUUUCGUCGAGGGGCGGCGACGAGGGGAGUGUGGGGGACUCGUCGUUUGGGGUCGAGAGGAUGAGCCAGUACUCGAGCAUUGGGGGAGGCGACGCACCUUCUGCUGUGGAGACUCCCGAGAGGAUCGGGGAUAUUCGACAGAUUGAGAAGAAACUGGAGGUUUUGAAGGCAGAUGUUAAUUGAUUCUUUUUUCACUUUGAGUUUUAAUUGUGGAGCUAUUUCUAUUGAUGUAAUUUGAAUUUUUGCAUGGAUUAGAUUCCAAUGUUCAGGGAAUAAUUUUGUUCAAUAAAGAAUUUUUUGUUUA